GGUCGGAUAGAAUUUAGAUCAAUAUAUCCGAAGCAGCAGGGGGCGCUGGCGACCAAAAUCUCCUGCUGUCCGGUCGCUGUAAGGUACUACCAUCCGUAGAAGAAGAGGCGGAGUUCUGCUGUCAGCGGGGUCCUCUGUUACCGUGGAGACACUGUCACCACAAAGUGGUUGCCAUGGCAAACAAACGAGACGCCUCUGACCUAACCUCCUGUGCUGAUAAAGACCUAUCAAAGCCCGCCAGACGCCGACCCCGCCGAGUCACCUCCACGGCAGGUAGGAGGAGUCAGAAAGACAAGAGGCGUGGUCCCACACCGAAGAGGCGGGAUCCCAAGGACAAGAGGCGUGGUCAUGAUGAGAAGAAGGAAGGGGUGACCGUGAAGAGGACGUGGAGCGACGGGAAACGGCGGUGGGAUAAGAAACAUUACUGCGUGUUCUGUCGGCGGCCGCAGGUGAAGAUCGCUCGUCACCUGCUGAGGAAACAUGCAGACCAACAGGAAGUGGUGGCUGCAAGCGCUCUGCCCACAGGCUCCAAACAACGCCACCUGCUGCUGGAACACCUGCGCUGCAGGGGCAACUACAUGCACAACAUUGAGGUCAUCAGACAGGGCACUGGGGAAAUUGUCCCGUGGCGUCAGCCCUCUGAGGACGUUGAUGCAAGGAACUACCUGCCGUGCCCGCUCUGCCUCGGGUUCUUCCUGCGAGCCGAUCUCUGGAAACAUCAGGCCUCCUGUCGCAAGAAGCUGACCUCUGACCCCUCCAGAGACUCCGCCUCCACAGCCGAAAAGACCUCUGACCCCUUCAAGGACACGACCUGUGACUCAACAGGUGACCCAGCAGACGUCAGGACCCCCCCAGAGGACCCGCCUCCUGAGUCCUCAGCGGACACGCCAAAGAAGCGCAGCAGGAUCCAGGCCGCGGCGUCCCGCCUCCUCCCCAUCUCAGGCGGAGCCUCCGAGAGCUGCAGCCAGGUGCUGCACCGCAUGAACCAGGACCAUGUGUCGCACCAGGUGAAAUCUGAUUGGUUGAUCUGUAAGUAUGGUAACAAGCUGAUGGGGAGCCCGGGUGGCAGCGGGCGGAGGUAUGACUACGUCAGUCAGAAGCUGAGGGAGCUGGGCCGGUUCCUCCUGGCCGCUAAAUCUCUGGACCCGGUGGUCGGGACCCUCCAGGACCUCCUGGCUCCGGGUCGCCUCAGCUUGGCUCUGGCUGCGGCGAGGAAGGCGUCGGGUUACAGGUGGACCCGCCCUCCACUGGCGGUGAAGACGACCCUGAAAACUGUCUGCGAGAUCGCCAUCGGAGAGAGUCUGCAGGACGGAGACUGGGAGACCGCCGCAAAGACCACCGACUUUUACCACAUGCUGGGGAGGGAAUGGGACAAACUGGGCCUGCAAGACCCUGCCCCCAACAACUCAACACCUGAUCCAGACACAGAGGGAGGAGCUAAGAUGAAGAAUCAAUUGGUCCAAUCAGGAAGUGAGAAGGAGGGUCAAGAGUCGGGACCAGACGUUCUGUCACAGAGCAGAGAGGUGAGCUGUGUGGUUCCUCCAGAGUCCCGACUACAGGUCCCUCCCCCCUCAGUCCUCGUCUCUCCCAAGAAGGUCCGCCGGCGUCCGUGGUCCUCCGCAGAGAAGGAGGCAGUUUGGCGGCAGCUGGGAGUCCAUGUCCUGGUCCAGUCAGUACCCGGGAAGGAGGUUUGUCAGCGCUGUCUGGACCUGGAGCCGGUCCUCAGAGGACGACACUGGAAGGACAUCAAGAACCAGGUCCACAACCAGAUCCAGAGCCAGAAGAAGCAGCAGUUCCAUGCCCAGAUGGACCUUCAGGAGAACCAAGACCACACAGAUCAGAACCAGAAGAACCAGCAGCAGUACCAGAUCCACAUGGACCAACAGGGCGAGGACCAGAACCAGAAGAACCAGCAACACCAGCAUGACCAGGAAAACGUUCAAAAUAAGAAGAAACCACAGAACCACAUUCAGUUGGACCACCAGGACCAGGGUCACAUUCAGAACCACAAGAAACUGCAGUACCUUACUCGGCUGGACCCCCAGGAUGACCUUCAGAAGCAGCUCUACCACAUGGACCAGCAGACCCAGGACCAGCAGACUGACCUGGAUCAGAACACAUCUGUACUCACAGGGACUUCUUACAGACCUGAUGGACCACAUCAAGACCCUGGUAUCAGUCAGUACCCUCUUCCACACAGAACCUUGGGACCUCAUGUGGACCAGUUGCUGACCAGAACUCAGUGGACUGACCCUCCUCUGAUCCAGCACUACAGGAACCUUGACCCUGGAGGGCCAGCUGGUCCAGGACAAGUCCACUUCUGAAGUACGGACUGCCCGAACUCUAACAACCUUUAACGACCUCCAACAAGAGAGCAACUAUGACAUCACCUGUAACUCUAUGACAUCACCUUUGCCUCUAUGACAUCAUGUGUAACUUUAUGACAUCACCUGUAACUCUGUAGGAA